UUAAUCCUCUCCUCCCUUUUAUUUGCAGGCCGUGUGUACUACUUCAACCACAUUACAAAUGCAAGCCAGUGGGAGCGCCCCAGCGGUGGUGGGAGGAAUGGCCAAGGAGAGCCGGCUAAAGUGCGCUGUUCACACCUCUUGGUGAAGCACAACCAAUCCAGAAGACCCUCAUCAUGGAGGCAGGAAAAGAUCACGCGGAGCAAAGAUGAGGCACUGGAGCUUAUAAAUGGUUACAUUCAGAAGAUCAAAUCUGGAGAGGAGGAUUUCGAAUCCCUUGCUUCCCAGUUUAGCGACUGCAGCUCGGCAAAAGCAGGAGGAGAUCUGGGUGCUUUUGGGAGAGGUCAGAUGCAGAAACCUUUUGAAGAUGCCUCAUUUGCGCUGAGGGCUGGGGAGAUGAGCGGACCAGUUUUCACAGAUUCAGGGAUCCACAUCAUCCUACGCACGGAGUGAAGUGCCUUGGUGACACGUAGAAAGGAAAGGGCGAGGGGAAGAAAGGAAAAAACCCUGCUCCAACCCUGCACACUCCUGAAUGAACUUCAUAUAUCUAGUUUAAAAAACCUCAUUUCAUAUCUCAAUCCCUUCUGUGGCACCUGACACAAUGUUUUCCACCUGUAGAGAUGCAUGGUUAGCCAAGGGUGAGAAUGCAAUCCAACUAACAGAGACAGUAGCAUCUUUCAUAAGCAGAGAAUGUAAAAAUUCUCCGGCAUGCCACAGCCGCUUGAGUUUUAUAUUGACAAUCCCUCAGUCGAGGAGACGUGUCAAUGCUAAAGUUCACACUUCAGUGCUUCCCACAUCCACCGUAUUAGAGAGAGAGUAUUUAUUGCAGAACUGCACUGAUGGUGGCAAAAUUGACUUGUGAGCUCUGGUGUUUAAGAUGGAAUGAAAUCUCUGUCCUGCCCCAGCAUCCCUGCACUGCUUUAAAACCAAGUUUUAUCUAAAAUAAGCAUCAUUCGGUCUGGAGCCCAGUUGGUUUGUAGAACAGACUGUCAAAGCUGUUGAUAAAUUGAUGUUAAGAUGCCAUACUGGUAAGGCCUUCACUGCCACCUGUGUGUAACUUCCCUUCGUGUUGCUGCCUCAGUGAAGAGCGUGGGUUGUUGGUCCUGCCAGACAGUGUUAACUGGAGCUUCCACUUCUGUUGCAUGGGCUUAAAGCUCGAAGAUGCUUUUUGGUUUGUGAUGAGUAGAAGCAAAGGGGGGUUAAUGGCCAGUAGUUCCCAGGGCAGGAAGAUCAGUAGCUAGUUAAGCUGUGUAGAAGUAUGUAGAAUACUGUGUUAACCAUUCCUGCGUGAGGUCACUCCAUUAUUCUGACAGUACCGUUGAGUAGGAAGGACUGCAGUGGGGCGAGAGCUGUUUCUUCAGAGCUUCUCUGGACCCACCAGUGGUUGAAUUGCUGUAAGUCGCUGUUUCCAGUUACACUGUAUUGCUCAUGUUUAGUAAAUACCAAACCAAACCCGAUGAAGUUCCCAGCUUUGGUCCAGUGCAAAGAUGCUGUAUAGUUCUGGUUCUCUAAAGCAGAAAAUAAAGCCCUCUCCAGUUGAACAUUU